AUGCCCUCGAGAGCUCAUCGCGAUUAUCAAAAAGGCUUUGCCGGAAAAAUAGGAUGGGGGCAGAGGCCGGCGCUGCUACUUGUCGAUGUUUGUAACGCCUACUGGAGCGACGCCAGUCCAUUGGACACCAAAUCGAACCCUGCGUCUGCGGCGGCGCCCGCGUCCAUCGCAAAACUCGUCGCUGCCGCACGCCAAGGCAAGGUGCCGUUGAUCUGGACGCGAGUCGAAUACACGGAACCAGACAUGUCGGAUGCAGGACUUUUCUACAGCAAAGUACCGCUACUGAAGCUGUUCCAGACCGGCUGCGGCAAUGGCCUUGAAAAAUGGAUUCCGGGACUAGAGCCUGCUGCUGGCGAAGUCGUUGUCUGCAAGCGUUACCCGUCCGCCUUCUUCGCGACCGACCUCGCUACACAGCUCCGGCUCUUCAACGUCGAUACUGUCAUAAUCUGUGGCGUCAGUACAAGUGGUUGUGUGCGCGCGACUGCUCUUGACGCGAUGUGUUAUGGGUUUCGACCGAUGGUCGUUGAAGAAGCAUGUGGUGACAAGUCCCCUGCUGUCCACGAUGCGAACAUUGCCGAUAUCAACGCGAAGAUGGCUGAUGUCGUUUUUGAGGAUGAGGCAAUCGAGAAACUGGAGGCUGGAUGGCAGUGA